GUCCUCCACGGCGGGACCUGCGCGCAGACCGCCAGCUGGCUGCCAGGCUCCACACGAGGAGGGCGGCUUGCAUGCGGGCGUGUCGUCGUCUGCCCCUGCUGCCGCUGCUGCUGUUCAUGCUGCUGCUCCGGCCACUAUCGGCCAGGCUGCUGAGGUAGGGAGGGCAACGACAACAGCAGCAGUCACAACGGCAGCAACUACAACUGGGGCAACCGCGUCAACGAGGCCACCGUUGUCACCAGAGCAGCAGCAGCAGCAGCAGCAGCAGCAGUCGGGCUUUUCCUCGUUGCUUCCGUCGUGGGCUUACCGCUCCCAACAGCUGCCCCCAGCAGUGCACUCCCCCGCCUUCGCCCCCGCCUCCGCCUCCUCCGCCUCAAUACCGUUACCGCCGCCGUCAAUGCAAAAAUCCUCCGCAUCCUCGUCACGCCCACCAGCGACAUACCUGGCGGCAGAGCCCGCUGGGGCGGAGGCGGCGGAGGCACCCGGCCUGCCGCCGGUACCCGAGGUCGCAGUAUCGCGGGCGGUGACGUCAGAAGCGGCAACCAUGGCGCGGACAGCAUUCAUGGCUCCGGCGGCAUUCAUGGCUCCGGCGGCGGCGGCGCCACUCCUGGCUCAAGUGUGCCGGCCGACAGCUGGGUUGCCUGCAUGGGCAGGGAUCCAGCCAGGGGUUGCAACGAGGGUAUCCAUGGCGGCAGGGGCAGAGGCGCCGGUGCUGGCAGCAGCAGCGGCGCCCCAACAUCAACAGCAGCAGCAGCAGCUGCUGCAUGAUGCUGCACCCGUGUUGCUGCAAUCACCGGCAGCUCCAACACCACCGCAACCGCCAUCUCAACCACCACCACCACCGCAUGCGUUGCUACAGCCGGCGUCAGCUUCAUCGCUCUUCCACUUCGCCGCGCAAUCCGGCUCUGACGCGCAUGAGCAACAGCGCCCGAAAAGCCGCUGCGUGCCACUGCAGCCGCCUAGUGCGGCCUCAUGCAGCGAGCCGCCGCGUGCACCCGCUGCCUACGCCUCCUCCUCCGCCUUCGCAACCAUCACGGCAAGUACGGCGGCAACGAUCACCAGCAAGCUACCGGUAGGUCCCCCCGCCGGCGGCAGCGGCCGGGCUGCUGCGCCAGCUGCACAUGCAGUAGCAGCACCGCCGCCGCCGCCGCCGCCGCCGCCAGCUUCCCCAGCGGCGCCUCCGCUGCUACCUCCGUCAGCCCCGCUGUCCUGGGCCCUACCAGCUGCGGCGACCUACUUCCCCGUAUGGACUGCUCCAUGUCUCCCCAGCCUAGCUCCCCCGCAGUCUGGUAGUGCAGCAGCAUCCGUACUGCCGCUGGGCUUUCCUGGCGGCGUCGGCGGCGGCGACGGCAGGGUUGGCGGCGCCCAGAGCUGCGUAAGCCGCAGCGAGGACGCCGAUGCCGAUGCCGACGGCAGCGCCCUAGACGAAGCUGAAGCUGGCAGCGGCGACGGUGACGAUGACGGCGGUGGCGGAGGCGGCGGAGGUGGUGACGAUGGAAGGCCUGUCGUACAGCGGAUCACAUUUGCACCGCUGCCGCCGCUGCAACGGCACCUGGCGGCGGCGCAGCACUUCGAGGCCAGCUGGGUUCGCUACAUGGACUUGGCGCGGAGGGCGGAGUCCGCCUUGGGCGUCGAGGUGGUGGCGGCGGCGGCGGCGCUGUACGGCACGGGAGGUGGCGGCGGCGGUGAGGAGGGCAACGUAGAGGCAGCAGCAGCGGCGCCGGUACUGCGCCCCACUGUUCAGCCUCCGCUGCUGCGACCCCCGCAGCGGCAUGAAGAGCAGCGGCACCAGCUUCAGCAGCAGCAGCGGACGCCUCACCUGCCCAAUCAUGCGCCUCAGCAGUGGCACCAACAACAGCCCGGGUACCCCCUGCUGGGUGCACAGCCCGCAGGCCCCCCCUCCGCCGCUCACCACCACCGGCAGGGCAUCCAACCGCAACCGCCGCCCGCCCCUUCCACCAGACUGCUGGCUUUGGCUGCUGCCGGGGCUGCUGGGGUAGCCACAGGGAUGCGGUAGCGGCGACACCGUACACCGUACACCUUGCUUGGCUUGCGGGACCCCUCGGCGAAUGCCUCUCUGCUUAUUGUGGAUACCGUACCAUGUCACGCGAGUUUCGUGGUUGCUCGUUGCCGGGACUGGCUGCUGUGGCUCUUGAUGGUUCUCAGUCGGGUCGUGUUUGGUGUAGGUGGUUUGCAGCCGUCCUGUUUGGGCAUGGCUCCCUGCAUUGUGCAGGAGACGUGCCAGUUGGGGUAGGGCGGUCGGCGCCGUACCAAGGGGAUGCAUCCCUUCACGAUUGGCCAGUACGGAGUGUGAAGGAUGGUGGGAUGUAUUUUGUGGUACAUUGCUAGACCUCUACAUGCGCAUGUGUAUUAUGCACUAAGCACUUGCACCUCUUGCAGAAAAUGGAGUGGGACUGUCGUACUUGUAGGACUGUCGUAAACGAGUGACAACGAUAAACCAAUUGCAAAACAACACAAUCGCCGCGUAAGACGCCAUGAGUCAGUAAACGUAUUCCUGUUUGUCUUACGGUCGUCCAGUCCCUUCUAAAGGUUGCUUUGCCUGUGUUGCUUGCUUGCCUAGUCACAUUUCCCAAGGUUCAAGAUCCACAGGCAGAAGCAGCUACCAAUGGCAGGCAUACGAUGUGUUUAUACUUAUACUUCUAUUAGGUGAUAACGAGGUGCUGCCAAUUGUGUUGCUUCGCAAGGAAACGACUGUGAGGAAACUCCUUCUCCUUACGCUAGACACCUGCACACUUAAUAAGACUUUGAAAUGGAUACCUUUCCUGAGUUGGCUAGCUCUGCAUCGUCAUCGAGCAGCUCGUGGUCAUUGCUUGCACGUGACGAGCCUGCAGAUGUUGCUUGCCAAGGCACCUGCAACGUCUGCAAGCGAGCCUGCUCCCUGCACAACUCAGCACCCGCACAGACAACCUUAUGGUCAGCGCCCCAACGACUCGCGGAUAGCCUCUGCUGUGAAAUCGAUGGCCACCUGAAGGCUAUGGUGGAGAGCGCCAGCAUGCCAGAGUGGAAGCUCAAGCACUAUGAGCUCCUCAUGACACGCAUCGGCGAAGCCCUGCGGCCGGCGUACAGAAAGAUGGGUCGCAAGGACCCGUUGGAGAUGCAGCUCGAUGGCUCCGUCAUGAAGGGCACGGCGCUGCAGGACAGUGACGUGGACCUGCUCGUCAAGACGCAGUACGACGUGCCACGUCGGCUGAAGAACCGGCUGCUGGAUGCGGUGGAGAGGUCCCUACGGCGCUGCGGCGACUACCGCCACGUGAGCAUCAAGCGACACCGCAAGUCAGCAGACCUGAGCGUUACGCUGACAGACGCGGCGGCGGCUGCAGGUCGCCCCGCCUCCUCCGCCCCCCCUGCUACUGCUCCAAGCGGCUCUCCGGGGAGUAGCUACCCGGGCGCCGGCAGCACGAGCACCAGCAGCGCUAACACCAGCACUAACAGCAGCGAUAACAACAGCAGCAGCAGCAAGCCCACCCCGCCUGUGCGGCUGUCCGCUGACCUGUUGUUCGAAUUCGCAACGGUGGGGGCGCUGGUGUCGGAGGUGGCUGACACGCUGGUGCAGUGCCCUCCCGCCAAGCUGGCGGUGAGGGCCAUCAAGCUCUUCAUGAAGGAGGCCUACAGUGUUCCCAAACUCAAGAGCUUCUGUGUGGAGGCGCUUGUACGGCACGUGGUGGAGGACUGCGGGGCAGGAGGGGGAGGGGGAGGAGGAGCUGCUGGUGGGGCGGCGGCGGGGCAGCCGGCCUCAGCUGCGCAGAUAUUCUGGAUGGCUCUGUCGCUGUUCGUGCAGCCCGGUAUGACUGCCAAGGAGCUGCAGGCGCGGGUGGCUCCGCACGUGCUGUUCGAUUGCGGCUGCCUGUUCGACCGGGGGGUGUUCAUUGGGUGGCGCAACAAGGUCACACACCUGCUCAAGCAGCUCUACAGGUUCGCCCAGGCGCUUAAGGAUGGGCUGCUGCCGCCCGGAGACGACCCACGGGUCGUUCUAAAGAAGAUCUUCCGGGGCUACGGCAAGCGGGCGCCUCCGCCGCCCGUAAAGCAGAGUGCUGGAGGUAACGGGGACGAGGAAGACGACGAUGCGAGUGAGGAUGAAGACGAGGACGACAGCAGCAGUAGCGACGGCGAUGACGAGCCGCGUCCGUCGCGUGCCUCCACUGUACAUGGGCAGCAGCAGCCGCAAGCGCACGUCUGGUACGAGGACCCGCUGGCCGGCAUCCCCGCCCCCGCCCACGCAGCCUACCGGGGGCUGUCCGCUUGGAAGGCCGACCGGCUGCACGGCCCGCCGCCGGUGUACGGCGGGGAAGGGUGCAGCGGGGGAGCUGGUCGUGGCAAAGAAGGAGGAGGGGGCCGCAGCAGCAGCAGCAGGGAGGAGAAGAAGACGCGCGAGAAGCCCAGACGCGCUGACGGCGGCGGCGGCGGCGUUGGUGGUGGUGGUGGUGGAGGAGGUGGAGGUGGAGGAGGGGAUCCGAGGCGGCUUACGGAUGCCGCUGAGACACCGGCGGCGGACGCGGCGGCGCCAGGGUCGGUACAUGCAGCGGAUGUAGCCGCACCCGAGGCCGAGCCAGAGGAGGAGCCAGCGCCCCCCGCGUCGCCUCCGCCGCCGCCACAUGAUGGGCCAGCUGGCGGCGCUAGCGAAGGUACUGUGGCAGCCGUCGCAGGGGGGGCUGGACGGACCCCUUGGCAUGGAGCAGCAGACGGAGCUGGUACGGCAGGUGUUUGAACAGGGAGGCGGCGGGGCACGUCCGGGCGGAGCGGAGGCUGCAGGGAGGGAGGAGGAGGCAGCUGAGGAAGCUGAGGAGGAGUCAGAAGAAGGCGGCGAGGAGGUGCAGGACGAUGAAGAGGAGGACGAUGAAGCUGAGGGCGAGGAGGAGGGCACGGAGGAGCGGCUGGAGGCCUUCCUGUCCUCCCACGCGGUGGAUGUGCAGCACGUGAUGCGAACCAUGUGGCGUCACAAGAGCAGUCCGCAGCCGCCGCCCGGCGACCUGGGGAGCUGGCUGGAGGGGCUGCUGGCGGCGGCGGGGGCGGCGACAGGGGGUGGUGGUGGUGGUGAGAAGGGCAAUAACGGCGAUGGCGGCAGGAGUGGAAAGAGUGGCGGGGAAGGAAGUGGCAUGGAGCCCGCUGUCAGUGUGGGCAGCAGCGCUGGGGCGGCGAACAACAACAACAACAGCGGUGGAGGCGGAGGCGGUGGGGUGCAGCCGCAGCAGCCGCAGCAGCCUUGCGCUCCUCCUCUGUCGCCCCUGCAUUGCUGCUCCUCAGCUGCGCCCCACCCGGCUGCCCCAACUGCUGCUGGUGGUGCCGCAACUGCUGCUGCUCCACCCUCUCUGCCUCCUCCUACGUCCCCAGCUGCUGCUCCUGCUGCUGCAGGCCCCCGGCGCCUCUUCGUUCCGCACCCGCUAGCGCCCCUCUUCGCCCAUCCGCUGGCAGCAGCCGCCCAUGCAGCCUGCUUCAAACCCUUCCCCCGUCCCUCCACGACCCGCAGACCCGCCCUCGCUCCCGCUGCCCCCUCCGCCUCCACCACCACCACCGCUGCAUCCGUCGCCGCCUCUAGCCCCAGCACCCCAACCAGUCAGCCGCCUGCUCCUCCCUCCCACGCACCGCCGCAGUUGCCUAUGCACGCCAGCCAAGGUGCCAGCAGCAGCAGCAGCGGCAGCAAUUUCCGCCCCGCAGGCGGAGGCGAUGCAGGCGCCGAUGGGUCCGGUACCCACCCACCACCACCUGUGAGUGUCAUCAAUACCCCGGCAGCGGUACCCGCAGCCGCCACCACCACCUCCGUCACCGCCGCCGCUGCCACCGCCACCAGCAGGGCGGCUGCUGGUAAUGACGCUGCUGCCGCUGCUGCAGGUAGCGCAGGCGGCUGGCGGUCCUCCACGGCGGGACCUGCGCGCAGACCGCCAGCUGGCUGCCUGGUUCCACACGAGGAGGGCGGCUCGCAUGCGGGCGUGUCGUCGUCUGCCCCUGCUGCCGCUGCUGCUGUUCAUGCUGCUGCUCCGGCCACUAUCGGCCAGGCUGCUGAGGUAGGGAGGGCAACGACAACAGCAGCAGUCACAACGGCAGCAACUACAACUGGGGCAACCGCGUCAACGAGGCCACCGUUGUCACCAGAGCAGCAGCAGCAGCAGCAGUCGGGCUUUUCCUCGUUGCUUCCGUCGUGGGCUUACCGCUCCCAACAGCUGCCCCCAGCAGUGCACUCCCCCGCCUUCGCCCCCGCCUCCGCCUCCUCCGCCUCAAUACCGUUACCGCCGCCGUCAAUGCAAAAAUCCUCCGCAUCCUCGUCACGCCCACCAGCGACAUACCUGGCGGCAGAGCCCGCUGGGGCGGAGGCGGCGGAGGCACCCGGCCUGCCGCCGGUACCCGAGGUCGCAGUAUCGCGGGCGGUGACGUCAGAAGCGGCAACCAUGGCGCGGACAGCAUUCAUGGCUCCGGCGGCAUUCAUGGCUCCGGCGGCGGCGGCGCCACUCCUGGCUCAAGUGUGCCGGCCGACAGCUGGGUUGCCUGCAUGGGCAGGGAUCCAGCCAGGGGGUGCAACGAGGGUAUCCAUGGCGGCAGGGGCAGAGGCGCCGGUGCUGGCAGCAGCAGCGGCGCCCCAACAUCAACAGCAGCAGCAGCAGCUGCUGCAUGAUGCUGCACCCGUGUUGCUGCAAUCACCGGCAGCUCCAACACCACCGCAACCGCCAUCUCAACCACCACCACCACCACCACCACCACCACCGCAUGCGUUGCUACAGCCGGCGUCAGCUUCAUCGCUCUUCCACUUCGCCGCGCAAUCCGGCUCUGACGCGCAUGAGCAACAGCGCCCGAAAAGCCGCUGCGUGCCACUGCAGCCGCCUAGUGCGGCCUCAUGCAGCGAGCCGCCGCGUGCACCCGCUGCCUACGCCUCCUCCUCCGCCUUCGCAACCAUCACGGCAAGUACGGCGGCAACGAUCACCAGCAAGCUACCGGUAGGUCCCCCCGCCGGCGGCAGCGGCCGGGCUGCUGCGCCAGCUGCACAUGCAGUAGCAGCACCGCCGCCGCCGCCGCCGCCGCCAGCUUCCCCAGCGGCGCCUCCGCUGCUACCUCCGUCAGCCCCGCUGUCCUGGGCCCUACCAGCUGCGGCGACCUACUUCCCCGUAUGGACUGCUUCAUGUCUUCCCAGCCUGGCUCCCCCGCAGUCUGGUAUUGCAGCAGCAUCCGUACUGCCGCUGGGCUUUCCUGGCGACGUCGGCGGCGGCGACGGCAGGGUUGGCGGCGCCCAGAGCUGCGUAAGCCGCAGCGAGGACGCCGAUGCCGAUGCCGACGGCAGCGCCCUAGACGAAGCUGAAGCUGGCAGCGGCGACGGUGACGAUGACGGCGGUGGCGGAGGCGGCGGAGGUGGUGACGAUGGAAGGCCUGUCGUACAGCGGAUCACAUUUGCACCGCUGCCGCCGCUGCAACGGCACCUGGCGGCGGCGCAGCACUUCGAGGCCAGCUGGGUUCGCUACAUGGACUUGGCGCGGAGGGCGGAGUCCGCCUUGGGCGUCGAGGUGGUGGCGGCGGCGGCGGCGCUGUACGGCACGGGAGGUGGCGGCGGCGGUGAGGAGGGCAACGUAGAGGCAGCAGCAGCGGCGCCGGUACUGCGCCCCACUGUUCAGCCUCCGCUGCUGCGACCCCCGCAGCGGCAUGAAGAGCAGCGGCACCAGCUUCAGCAGCAGCAGCGGACGCCUCACCUGCCCAAUCAUGCGCCUCAGCAGUGGCACCAACAACAGCCCGGGUACCCCCUGCUGGGUGCACAGCCCGCAGGCCCCCCCUCCGCCGCUCACCACCACCGGCAGGGCAUCCAACCGCAACCGCCGCCCGCCCCUUCCACCAGACUGCUGGCUUUGGCUGCUGCCGGGGCUGCUGGGGUAGCCACAGGGAUGCGGUAGCGGCGACACCGUACACCGUACACCUUGCUUGGCUUGCGGGACCCCUCGGCGAAUGCCUCUCUGCUUAUUGUGGAUACCGUACCAUGUCACGCGAGUUUCGUGGUUGCUCGUUGCCGGGACUGGCUGCUGUGGCUCUUGAUGGUUCUCAGUCGGGUCGUGUUUGGUGUAGGUGGUUUGCAGCCGUCCUGUUUGGGCAUGGCUCCCUGCAUUGUGCAGGAGACGUGCCAGUUGGGGUAGGGCGGUCGGCGCCGUACCAAGGGGAUGCAUCCCUUCACGAUUGGCCAGUACGGAGUGUGAAGGAUGGUGGGAUGUAUUUUGUGGUACAUUGCUAGACCUCUACAUGCGCAUGUGUAUUAUGCACUAAGCACUUGCACCUCUUGCAGAAAAUGGAGUGGGACUGUCGUACUUGUAGGACUGUCGUAAACGAGUGACAACGAUAAACCAAUUGCAAAACAACACAAUCGCCGCGUAAGACGCCAUGAGUCAGUAAACGUAUUCCUGUUUGUCUUACGGUCGUCCAGUCCCUUCUAAAGGUUGCUUUGCCUGUGUUGCUUGCUUGCCUAGUCACAUUUCCCAAGGUUCAAGAUCCACAGGCAGAAGCAGCUACCAAUGGCAGGCAUACGAUGUGUUUAUACUUAUACUUCUAUUAGGUGAUAACGAGGUGCUGCCAAUUGUGUUGCUUCGCAAGGAAACGACUGUGAGGAAACUCCUUCUCCUUACGCUAGACACCUGCACACCUAAUAACACUUUGAAAUGGAUACCUUUCCUGAGUUGGCUAGCUCUGCAUCGUCAUCGAGCAGCUCGUGGUCAUUGCUUGCACGUGACGAGCCUGCAGAUGUUGCUUGCCAAGGCACCUGCAACGUUUGCAAGCGAGCCUGCUCCCUGCACAACUCAGCACCCGCACAGACAACCUUAUGGUCAGCGCCCCAACGACUCGCGGAUAGCCUCUGCUGUGAAAUCGAUGGCCACCUGAAGGCCAUGGUUGAGAGCGCCAGCAUGCCAGAGUGGAAACUCAAGCACUAUGAGCUCCUCAUGACACGCAUCGGCGAAGCCCUGCGGCCGGCGUACAGAAAGAUGGGUCGCAAGGACCCGUUGGAGAUGCAGCUCGAUGGCUCCGUCAUGAAGGGCACGGCGCUGCAGGACAGUGACGUGGACCUGCUCGUCAAGACGCAGUACGACGUGCCACGUCGGCUGAAGAACCGCCUGCUGGAUGCGGUGGAGAAGUCCCUACGGCGCUGCGGCGACUACCGUCACGUGGGCAUCAAGCGGCACCGCAAGUCAGCAGACCUGAGCGUUACGCUGACAGACGCGGCGGCGGCUGCAGGUCGCCCCGCCUCCUCCGCCCCCCCUGCUACUGCUCCAAGCGGCUCUCCGGGGAGUAGCUACCCGGGCGCCGGCAGCGGCAACAGCAGCGCUAACAGCAGCAGUAACAGCAGCACUAACAGCACCAGCACUAACAGCAGCAGCAGCAGCAAGCCCACCCUGCCUGUGCGGCUGUCCGCUGACCUGUUGUUCGAAUUCGCAACGGUGGGGGCGCUGGUGUCGGAGGUGGCUGAUACGCUGGUGCAGUGCCCUCCCGCCAAGCUGGCGGUGAGGGCUAUCAAGCUCUUCAUGAAGGAGGCCUACAGUGUUCCCAAACUCAAGAGCUUCUGUGUGGAGGCGCUUGUACGGCACGUGGUGGAGGACUGCGGGGCAGGAGGGGGAGGGGGAGGAGGAGCUGCUGGUGGGGCGGCGGCGGGGCAGCCGGCCUCAGCUGCGCAGAUAUUCUGGAUGGCUCUGUCGCUGUUCGUGCAGCCGGGUAUGACGGCCAAGGAGCUGCAGGCGCGGGUGGCUCCGCACGUGCUGUUCGACUGCGGCUGCCUGUUCGACCGGGGGGUGUUCAUUGGGUGGCGCAACAAGGUCACACACCUGCUCAAGCAGCUCUACAGGUUCGCCCAGGCGCUUAAGGACGGGCUGCUGCCGCCGGGAGACGACCCACGGGUCGUUCUAAAGAAGAUCUUCCGGGGCUACGGCAAGCGGGCGCCUCCGCCGCCCGUAAAGCAGAGUGCUGGAGGUAACGGGGACGAGAAAGACGACGAUGCGAGUGAGGAUGAAGACGAGGACGACAGCAGCAGUAGCGACGGCGAUGACGAGCCGCGUCCGUCGCGUGCCUCCACUGUACAUGGGCAGCAGCAGCCGCAACCGCACGUCUGGUACGAGGACCCGCUGGCUGGCAUCCCCGCCCCCGCCCACGCAGCCUACCGGGGGCUGUCCGCUUGGAAGGCCGACCGGCUGCACGGCCCGCCGCCGGUGUACGGCGGGGAAGGAUGCAGCGGGGGAGCUGGUCGUGGCAAAGAAGGAGGAGGGGGCCGCAGCAGCAGCAGCAGGGAGGAGAAGAAGACGCGCGAGAAGCCCAGACGCCGCCUGCGCAGGCCGCGCCUUCCACGCCCACCUCCUCCUCCACGCCCUCCACAGCAGCAGCCCCGUCUAGCCUGUCGGACAGUCCCCCGCCUGGCCCGUCACUCCUGCCGGGCCGCCAACUGCCCCGUUCGGCGGCAGCAACCCCCCGCGCCGCGGCUGCUGCCGGCGCCAUUGCCCUUGCCAGUCAGGAGGAGGACGCCUCCCCAGUUGGAAGCAAUGGAAACGACUCCAGCUUCAGCCCCAACGAUGGUGAUAACGAUGAGCACGACGACGAUGACCAUGAUGAUGACGAUGACGUUCGUGUUGGUACUUCCGUAGAUCCGGCGAGUGCGCCUUCAACAGGUCUCGACACGGACGGCGUUCCCCCGUUGCCGGUGCUUCCCACUGCACCUGCUGCAACCACCACCACGACGCCAGCAGCAACCAUGACAGCAACCACCACAGCGUCAGCCACAGCGGCAUCACCCUCCUCCUCCUCCACGUCGGCCGCAUGGGCCGAUCUGCAGCCGUUGCUGCCUGCCGACCUGCUAGCUGGGCCGCUGACGGAGGUGUUGAGGCAGGUGGCGACGGCGUUCGGAGGGCCGCUGCAGCAGCCGCCGAGCUACGCAACCACUUGGAUGCGUACGAUGCUGCCUGACGGCGCGGCGGCAGCAGCAGCACCACCGCUGUCCUCGUCAUCAUCGUCGGCUACGUUGGAGGAGGAGGAGCCCCUCGAGGCACACACGGCCGCCUCCGCCUCCGCUUACACGACGGCCCUUGUCAACGAUGUAUCUGGCGCCGAGGCAUCCUCUUGCUCCUCGAGCUCCACUUCUUCGUCUUGCUCCGCUUUUCCUGCUGCAUCGGC